AUGAAACCGACGGACAUCCAAAGUCUGACCAACAUCGUCGCUCAACUCGCUCUAACAGUACAACAGCUGGCCGGAAGCCAAAGACGGCCGGUACAAAUUACAUCAACGGCGGAUACCGCGAAUCCGAUCCCCAAAUUUAUCGGCCUUGCAGCCAACUGGCAAAAGACGAACGGAAAACACCACCACGAGUGGGAAGAGUGGAAACGAGUUCUCAUUGAAAGGUUUCGACGACGACUUUCGAUGAAGGACUUCAUCGAGCUACAGGCAAAGAGGACACUAAGGAGGAACGAGAUCCUGGUCCAGUACAUUUUCGAGAAGGACGCCCUCCUCGACAAGUCUCCACAUCCCCUGACCCCCGAGGAACGCAUAUCGAUGAUCAUCGGCGUCAUCAAGGACACAAAAUGGUCGAUCCCGCUUGCCUCUCAGCUCUACUCCUCCGUGACAGAAUUAGUCGACAGAGCAGCAACACUCGACUCGCUGCGACAAGUGGAAAAAAAAGGAAGCAACGACAGGAAAGACGCAGGAACAAGAGAGAAGCCAUUUCUUCACAAGUUCAACCCAAAGUCAGGCGACAAGACCGAAGAUCUGCACUGCUGGAGAUGCGGAAAAAAAGGGCACAUCUCAGAUCAGUGUCAUCUUCCACCUCCAGAAGCAGGUAGUGCACUCGGAGCACCAGCCGACGGUGAAACUGCUACACCGACACACCAAAGGAAUGCACACCAAAGCCGCAGUAAUGAAGCUGGUACAGCCCACCACAACCAUGCCAGCAACAGACUCCUUCCUCGUUCUCCAAGUGAGAAUGGUGCCAGUGGUUCAACCCAGGACACGAAGAAACCAAAUGCCCGCUACUCUGUGAACUGCUUGUACACCGAAGGUCCUCGCGCACAGAUCGUCAACGCCAUCAUUAACGGCACAAUAACAGUGAACGCUCUCUGUGAUUGUGGAUCAGAAGUCACGCUAAUCCAAAAGCAUGUCGCACCACCCGAACUACCAGUGUUCAAAUGGCCAAACGGACCAAUCGAGACAGCAGCAGGACCCAUUACACGCCCCGGAUGGAUCACCCUGCGUGUCACAGUUGGGAACAUUGAUUACACCAUGCCACAAAUGGGACUUUGUGAACACCUGCCUGUUACCCUUGUUUUGGGUAAUGACUGGAAAUGGUUUGUCCAGGCCCUGUGCAUCAUUGAAGCAGACGGAAGCUUCUGCAUCACGUCACCGACAUCCAUUCAGGAAUUCACGCGCUUCAAUGCCCAAACGCUCACCGCAAACUGCAUCUUCAAAUCCAGGCCAAUGGAGGCAUCACUGCAAAGUGAUGUGGCACUAGCACCCAGGGCCACAACAGAGACCUUGUGCACAACCAAGUCAACAGAGCCGCUACCGCAAAUCACGACUUCCGGAGAACGUAUGCCCGUGGAUCAUCCGAGUCCAUCUGCACCCAACACCGAGACAAUCACGGAUAAAGUGACCAUACAUGCUUCUCUUUCCGCAACCGAGCAAGAAGAACUCUGCUCUCUUGUAAAAGAGUAUGAAGAUAUUUUCGCAGACCAGGCGAAGAUUGGUUCUCGUUUCAUGUCUAACAUGGACAUCAAGAGUGCAUUUUUCACAAACAAAUUGAAAGAAGACUACGUGCACAAAACAGCCUUCGUCACCCAAGACCACCACGGAGAGUUUCUACGAAUGACUUUUGGGCUCAAGAACGGACCACCGAUCAUGACAAGAACCAUCAAAUUGGCAUAUUCGCACCUUCGCAAACUAGGUGUUGUCACCUACAUCGACGACAUUGCCUGCGCGCACAACAGUUUCGAAGACCACAUCAAAUGCCUCCGCGAGAUAUUCAAGGCCACACGAAGCAUGAAUUUCCCACUCUCGCCGACCAAGUGUGUCUUCGCCUCGCCAACCAUCACGCUCCUCGGAAGAGUGUUGACAACAGAACGCAUACUGCCAGACCCUGAUCGCACAUCUGCUGUAUCUCGGUAUGCUACACUGACGUCCAUACAUGAGGUUCGCAGCUUCCUUAGAUUUGCGAACACGUUUCGCAAACAUAUAGAGAACUUCGCAAUGAUUGCAAGACCGCUUAAUCAACUUCUGAAGAAGACCACGAGCAAAGGAAAGAACAAAGAAAAGCCCACUCAAACACUUCAGCUUGCCUUCGAAUAUACUCAGCAGGAAUCCUUCGAGUCACUCAAGAUGAAGAUCACUUCGCCGCCAUUUCUGUCCUUCUUCAAGCAAAAAUGUCAGACGUAUCUCGAGAAGGAUGCGUCACAUGAAGGCCUUAGAGCCUGGCUCUCGCAAGGCCAGAAUGGCAAAAGACGUGUCAUAGAAUAUGCCAGCAGAUCCCUCAAAGACGCAGAAAAGAGAUACCACAUCAAUGAGCUUGAAUGUACUGCUGUAUAUUGGGCUGUGACCGAAAAGUUCCGUCUGUACCUGCAUGGUCACAACUUUGUGCUCAGCACUGACAAUUUCACUGUGGCGUACGCAGUGAACAAAGCCAAGCUGAACCCCAAGUUUGCACGCUACAUUGUUGACCUGGCAGCCUUCAAUUUUAGCGCCCUCCACAGGCCGGGCAAGGAAAAUGUCACCGCUGACCAUUUGUCCCGCUACCCUCUCCCUCCCCAAGCAUGUCUCGCCGUGCUAACAUCACAAGAUUCAAAGCUGGUUCGCACUCAGCAGACUGAUGAGUACUGCCACCAAGUCCUUGACAAGCUACAGAAACAGCUCGACACGCAUCAUCUGAAGCAAAUUCAUAACUCCUUCAAGUUAUCAAACUCGGCGCUAACUCACGUGACAACAGUUGGAAGCCAUAGGAGAGAACAACUCGUCCUUCCAUUUGCAUUGCGCUCCAUGUACUCCUCCUUUGUCAUGACGAAAGUGGCCAUCUGA